GUACGUCGUCGCGGCGGUAGUAACAAUGACAUUGAUGUUUGUUUAUUUGCUGUACGAGCAGCCGGCAAGGACGACGGCGGCAGUAGCGGUGACGACGACGAGUCGUACAAACAAACCGGUCAACAUAAGUCACGUUAUGUAAGUGUAAACUGUGUGCCUAAUGCGCGCGACCCAUCCGAAAUCGAAAAACUAACAUUUCGUGCGAGCGAUCCGAGAUAAUCCGAGUUUUGUGUGAGCGUGUCGGUGGUAUCUGUCUGUUUGCUUGUUUGUUCGCCCGUUGUCGCGCGCGUUAUCUGGAAAGUUAAAGGUCGACGCGUUAUUUAUGACGGAGCGAUACGCGUUUGGGUACACAACUAACACAGUGCCCCGUCGUCGUCGUCGUCGUCACCUGUCGUCGUCGUCGUCGUCGUCGUCGACGCCGCCGCUCCGACUCGACGUACAUGAAAAUAACAACGCAGUAAUCGGCAAUGCUAACCGCCACAGUAAAUGACGUUAUCGCUGGUGCUCUGUAACGUCGCAUUAAUAAUGAACAAAAGACCUGAAGACGGAGCCUUUACCAAGGCCAGAAAACGGUUAUCGGUCACCACCUGGGCUACACCGAUCUUCAUUGCACAGACCUCUACCGGAGCUACUUCCGUUAAAAGUGAGAUUGAGAACGAAUCGACCUCUACCCAAACUGUACCGGAUAUUACCACAAGUACCAGUACACCAGGAGCCACAGAAAACAGUAUUUCGACCACUACCGGAACUACACCGCUUACCUACAGGACUUCCACAGACACCACAGCUACCGACUCAGUAAGUAUGCCUAAACCGUUUGUACACCGUAACGAUGAACUUUGGGGUGAUGACGAAGAGCGAGAACGUAGACAACAGAGAUUCUCUUUGAUAUAUUUAGAUGACUUUGUGCGAAUGGGUGAAAAUGAUUACCGCCGUAGAUAUGGGCUCCGUGUCAUACAAGGACGACCCUGGUUACUCCGGGGUGCGGGUCAAGGUCCGUUAGCAUUAUACGAAAGAGGGGAAGAGCUUUAUACGCCAUUAUUUACCGUUAUGUUGAUCCCGUCUAACCUUGAUAACCCCAACGAAGGACAAGAGUUUUUGCACGGCGAUCCGCUUAAUCUAAACCGUAACCUACCACUCGACAUGCAUGCAGACAACAUCGCGGAAAUGUUGCGCGAUCGCAUUCUCCAAAUGCAACAUUUCACAAUCAACGACCAAGCGACUGUGGACGCGAUACAACGGUUGCGGAACUCGAUGCCCUCACAGGACUCUUACAACUGGAUUUUGUUGAUUGUGAUUAUCGCCACAAUGCACCCACAUCCGAACGACCCACCCGUCGUUCGGUUCCAUCCGGGUAGGUUGUCAAUCAGCCGGGCCGCGCGCAUGUUGGUGGGCCCCCGUGGCAUAGUACAUGGUUGGGCCGGUAGCAUGCCGAACAUAAUGAACGCGUUACAAGAACACGGUGAAAUUUCGUCAUUCAUGUGGUCACACAGAUGUACUAUCGACGCUGAAACGGACGGAGGCAGUUCAUUCGACUCGGAUUCUGUCGGUUACGAGAGCGACAGUUGGAAAAGUGGACCUCGAGGUGUGGCCCGCGGGCGUCCGCCGGUCACUGGUAUGUCGUCGUUGAGCGAUACAUCCAGCGUGAUAACCAGCGAUAACGACAUCAUACAUGGGCUGAACAUGGGUGGGAACCCCGAUGACGUGGAGGGGUGCUUCAAACUUAAGAGAUUUAAGGGCUACAUGAAACGGUCGGCUGUCGAACGACGUGAGCGCCGCGCCAUGAGGCGGGCAAGACGCAUGACGCGCAACAACUAUGACUGGCAGCGCCGUCUAAACGACCCUGCUUACGACAUGGAGGCCAGGCGUGCCGAGAUAUUAGCUGCUGAGGGUUUGCGCAACGAAAGCCGUGCUCAAGAAAUGUUAAACGCCGAACGGAAAACGGAACGCGUCUUGCACUGGUGCCAGUCCCAGCAAGCUGUAUUGGCUGGUAUGGAUAGCCAGUUAGCACCCAGUGAAGAACAAAUAGACUACCGACUAAAAGAUCUGAAACAAUCACUUUAUGAACAAGUUUCUCACACUUGGGCGCAGUUUUAUGGAGACCAAAUAGCCGCUCAAGCGACACCCGAAGAAAUAGACCAAAUGGUAUUCUACUGUUGGAUGACGCCAACCCGGUGGAUUCGACAAACUGGCCCUAAUUGUGGAUUAGCAGUGCUUGCUAUGGCUGCACGUCCAAUACUGACUUGUGAGGCUGCCAUGGGCAAUUUUCAAGAUGAGGAUGAUCAGGUGGUGGAAAAAGCUUUUUUUGAGUCCUCGGAAAAAGAGCAGCGAAAGGCCGAACGCUCUACAGACAAUACUACCUAUCCGCCAGAAAAUUAUGUACCUAGUUUAGCGGACUUUCAAAGGGAAGCUAUAAGAUCAGGAUACUCAGGUCGUGGUGAAAUGUUCAGUACACAAGCUAUGGUCAAUCUGGCUACAACACACAAAACCGGACGAUAUAAUGUAACGCUGGUUAAACGUGAUCUAUUGGAUAUGACAGAAGAAUUAAAUAAAGAUGACAUUGAUACUAAACCUGAAAUAAUAAGAUCUGUGGUUGAAAAAGUUGAAGACUUAUGUAUUGGGCCAGCUAACCUUAACACGGAUGGUGUAAUUAACGAAGUACAACAAAACUUCGAUCCAGAUACGAGGAUGUCUGAAAGCGAAAAUUUACAAUCAUCGUCAUCUGCACUAAACGUGGUCCAGCGUCUAAUGCGUGGUCACCUUAUCGCUGUUUGUUUUGAUUGCGAUAGGAAUAUGAUGCCAUCUUCGACUGACGGUGGAAGCACCGCUCAUUGGGCACUUUUAUGCGGUGUUAUUAUUGGAAAGUCCCAUAAACGACCACAAAAAAUAAUUCAACAAUACAACGAUGAAAUAUCUGAUACGUUAAAAUAUGGAUAUCUAUAUGCAUAUGAUCCGAGUAUGACUGAGUUUAUCCCAACCGGUUACAUCGAUAGACGAAUGCUUGAUACUGAAAAUCCUAAUGGUAGAACAAUUACCAGAUCCAGCCGAAGUUAUAUGCAAAACAUAAAUGUUAAUAAUGCUGAUAUAGCAGAAGAAGAUUAUGAUGAUGGAAAUCUAAAUAUCACAGAGGAAGCUAGAAAUUUUAAAUAUUGUGAUCUAUCUGAUCAGGAUUUGGAACAAAAUGCUGACCGUGUGUGGGUGGUAGCACGACAUGGAAAAAUAGGCGGUCGAUAUGCUGUGUGGUCUCUCAAAGAGCUUGCUAAAAGUAACUGUCAGCUACGUAAACCUGCGGAUAAGAUUUUGCGUAGCAUCCCACCUGAAAUAAAAAUGUUAUGGAACAACGGACAACAACCCUUAGAUUGCAUUACAGCCAAUUCUAUUUCGAUUGCUUAUAACUAUGAUAGUACUAACUAUUGUAAUCUAAGACCAACCCAAACUGACAACACGUUCCAGCGAUUGGAGAGCACUUAUGCCGAGUUACCGGUCGAAUAUUGGCCAGAGGAAAAUACUGAAAAUCCAGUUUUAGAUCAGAUACAAACGGAAGAACCAUCACUACCACUAUCGACAAUACAAACACCACCAAAAAUACAAUUACCACCGUUACCACAACAUAUACCACCACCACCACCACCACCACCACCACAAACAAUACUACCACCGCCCCCUACAACAUCAUCUAUGUUCAGAAGAUCCCGGCAUGAAGAUUACGACGAACCACCGUUCGUGUUACCAGAAGGGCCUAGGCUCGAUCUUUGUUUGGCCCAUCAGUUCAUUUCAUUUGAACCUGUCCGAGCGCCGAACAUAAUAUCUGACGAGAACAAUCCACAAACACUAAACCCAUUGUCUACGCUUCUGUGUCACUUUUCAUUUAAUUUGAACCACGACUUAAACAAAUUUAAUCUAACCAGAAAUGCUAUAGAGCGUUGGCCAAGGCACUAUCGUCAGCUUUCGGAUUCAUCCUCAGAAAGUAGUACUUCGCCGGAACGGCAACCGACGCGUUCAAGAGCACAGCGACGUCGUCAAGGAGACCACAGAGCAAAUCGAGAAGGAAUACAGUCUUGUCGAAAAGAAUAUCCGGUUCAGUCAAAAUUAGCAAAACAAACUGAAUAAUAAAUUAUCUACGGAACAAAACCAACUGCAGCCACAAAUAUCAAUUCAGCCUAACCGAAUUGAAUAUUUAUCACGAACCCUAUAAUCUAGAUUGUUCCAGCAGCUAAUAUUACCACCAUUCAAUUUGUCAAAUUCUACGAAUUUGGUGAUGCUAAAACAGCAGCUCCAUCAAACCAAAGAUCACCAUAGCAAAUCUUAGAUAUGAUGAUAAGAUAAUAACACCUAUCUGCAAUGAUCUAUUCUUAACUCUUACGUUUAACAUCACAACACACGAUAUAUAUUAUUACCGAUUCCAAUGGUUUGAUUUUUAUAGCCUACAUUUUUUUGGUGCAUUUGCUAACGACUUACUUGAUGAUCUAUUUGCCAACACAAAUUCGCCAUAGCAUCUGCGAUUUUGAUCUUCAUAGUAACUCCGAUGGAAUAACUUUGACUAACUAAAUUUAGUAAGUAGCAUAAUAUAGUGCAUGAUUAUUUAUAACUUUUAUGUGUACUUAUUUGAAUGUAAAUUAAAUAAAUUAGUUUUAAAUUCCCUACACAUAAAUAUAAUAAAACUAUAAUCAUUUAUUAUUUUAAGAUAAUAUAAUAGUAGUGUAAUAUAGUUUAUGAUAUACCAGUUAUUGAUGGUGUGUGUGUGUGUAGGGGGAGUGGGUGUUAAAUUGAAUUAGCCAUAUGUAUACUCGAAAUAUAUGUUAUCUACCAUUUAAUUUAGAUUUCCAAUACGCAUAAUAUUGGCUAGUCCUGGAAAAUUACUGACGUAGAACUUACCUAGUAGUAUUCUAAUAAUUUUAAAACGAUGUAAAUAUUGAUUAUGUUAAUUUAUAUUAAAGAAAAUAAGUAAUCUAUAAUAGUAUUUAGUAUUUAAGUACCGUGUUAGGUAUGGCGUGGGCUUAAAAAAUUCUAAAAAUUUACAUUCGUCAUAAUGGAACUAAAUCUGUUUUGAGCGAAAUAAAUUGUAUCAUUAAUUACUAAAUUUUGAUAAUAUUAAUAUAAAAAAAUCCGCGUUUUUCAUUCUCCGAUGAGCAAUCGAUUAUUCGAGUGAUAAACAAUAAACGUAUAAAACUCAGAGCCACUGACAAGUAAAUGAAAAUAUCUUAUCACUGUAUGAACAAAUUCCGGUAAUUAAGCUACAGGGUAAAAAAUAAAUACCAUAAAACGAUAUUAAUCCAAUAUUUAGAUAAUAAAUAUAUAGCAUCAAUGUCAUCUAUCUGGUACAAAAGUAUACGUAGGUGUGGGUCUUACCUUAAGGUUUAAAUUCUUAAUUUAAAUAAUCACGUAUAUAAAUAGGUACGUAUCAUCUUGUUUAUUAUAUUAUUUACGCGAACUCUGCCUAAAAUUAUAUGUAUAAUUUAUUCAUGUGAAAAAGUUAAUAAUUUUUCGUCAAAUAAAUUUUAGUUUUAAUUCACGGAAAUGUGAUUUGAUUUAAGUGAAGUUGUGCAUUUUUAUGAAUUUUCAUUGACGUGUAUUAAUGUACGAAACACUUAGAUAUUAACCUGAUGGAUGUUGUUGAUACUAUAUUAGAAGUAUCUAUAUGUUAUUUACUUUGUUGAUUGUUUAACUAUAGUAAAUUAAUAAUGAUAACUUUUAUAAUAGUACAUUAUCUACAUUAAAGGAUUCGGUAUUAUGUUUUAUACUUUAGUAUAUUUUAUUUAAUUAUAGUACAGGGGCAUUCAUUAGAAAAUAAAUAUGUCACUUCACAAACAUUAUUUCAACAUACUAUACUUUACAAAUUCUUAUAAUUUAAAAAACUAAAACAAAUUAAUGUAUGUGCAUUGAUAUGUACCUUCGAGCUAAACUGAUCCAAGGGGGUUACAAACAGACAAUUAAAAAGAGUUCAAUAUAGGCAUUUUUCUAAGUGUUCACGCGGGUCUUGUACUCGUAAAUGUGUGCGUAAUAAAUUAUUAGUAUUACUUUAUUGUAAAAUAAAUAACGGAGCGUGGCGCAGAUUUAUAAAUCUAAAAUAAGGGAGGGAGAGCUAUAAUUUUUCAGAAAAAAUAUAA